AUGUUUAGAUCAAGCAUCGCAAAGAGAGUAAGGAGUAUAAGGUUUUAUCAUGCUGUGGAUCAUCCGAGCUCUAAUCUUAUAAUCAAUCCUGGUACGCUUGAGUCCACUAUUUUAACGAAGUCAUUAGAGUACGUUCCUAAGUACGGAUUUAAGGAAGACAGUAUCACAAUGGCAAUAAGACAACUCAAAUACCCUGACUCGCUCCGUUCUAUGCUAACUGGCAUUUCGUCAGGCAAAUCUUUAGAGUACCAAUUGUCCCUUUUUUGGCUAAAAUAUCAACGACAGAAACUCAAGAACGAAGUGGAGAAUAGCAGUAAAUUUCAGACGAUCGAGAACGAGUACGAUAGAGUAGCGUUCCUAAUUAAGAAAAGGCUAGCUUACAACGCUCCCGUAAUUAAUCUAUUGAGUCAGUGCCUUUCACAAUUAGUCAUUCCAUAUAAUAUAAAUCAAUCAUUAGAGGAGUUAAGUAACUUGAGUGAUGACAUAGCCUUUUAUUCUGGAGACCAGUCUGUGGAUUUCAGUUGGUACUCAAAAAGACUUAGUUUGUCGUCAAUUUAUGUGUCGUCUGAAUUGUAUAUGCUACAGGAUUCAAGCCCAGGCUUUGUUAGAACAAAUGAGUUUGUGGAUGAUAAAGUUGAAAAGCUUGUUUCCUUAGGCAACUCGUAUAAUAUUGCUGAAGAAUGGGCUUUUUUUAAUGCAAUUAGUUUGGUUAAUUUGAUAAGGUCGCAGCUUAUAAGAGGUUAA